AGGAACACCGGCCGCUGACAGCCAAACUCGCCAACUCCGCCCUCGUCCCCGCGGGAUCCCGGAGCCCGAGCCGGCCUGGGGCCGACGCCGCGCGAGCCGCGCAGCGAGCGAACAUGGCAGCGGAAUGAGGAGGCCGGCGCCGGGUCGUGGCCGCCGCUGCCGCGCUGCAGCCCGGGACUCGCGCCCGGCGCGCUCCGAGCGGCAGACUUAGCCGGCCUCCUGGUGGCCGCGGGAUUAUAUCAGUCGGAGCGGAGGGCGGGGGAGGAAGGGGACCCGGCCGCCGAGCGGGUCCGCGCUCUGGCAGCAGCGUGUGGAAGCUUGUGUGUGCGACUCGCCAGCUGCGGAAACGACGCGGGAGAGAGCCGGUCCCGGGCCUCGGCGGCGCGGGCGCGGGGAUGAGCCGGCCAUGGAGCGGCCUCGGCGGGGCGCGCGGAGCCGGCCGGCGCUGCAGCGGGAGCGCCGCCUGAGCCCGGGCUCCGCGGGGCUAAGGGGCCUCGGGAGCCCUGGGGGGGUCGCUGCCGCCGCCGCCUCGGGGAAGAACGGGAGCCCCGCGUGGCGGACACUGCAGCAGUCACCUUCCUGAGACGCCCCGAACCUGCUCCGCCUGCAGCUCGGUGCGCUCUGGGUACCCGGGCGCCUUGCCCGGAGCACGGCGGCUGGCGCAUCGCGGCGAGGUCGGCUGCGGGAACCCGGGUGCAGGACUGGCUAGAAGGGUGUGUGCGCGCGUGUUGGACUGGGGAUCCGGGCAGAAGCUGAAGCAGGCGGACCUGAGCAGCCAUGCUUCCCGGGGUGGGCGUGUUCGGCACCAGCCUCACGGCCCGUGUCAUCAUCCCGCUGCUGAAAGACGAGGGCUUCGCGGUGAAGGCGCUGUGGGGCCGCACGCAGGAAGAAGCGGAGGAGCUGGCCAAGGAGAUGAGCGUCCCCUUCUACACUAGCCGCAUCGACGAGGUGCUGCUGCACCAGGACGUGGACUUGGUGUGCAUCAACCUGCCGCCGCCCCUCACCAGGCAGAUCGCUGUCAAAACCCUGGGCAUCGGCAAGAACGUCAUCUGCGACCGCACGGCCACGCCUCUGGACGCCUUCCGCAUGAUGUCUGCCGCCCACUACUACCCCAAGCUCAUGAGCAUCAUGGGGAACGUGCUGCGCUUCCUGCCGGCCUUCGUGCGCAUGAAGCAGCUGAUCGAAGAGGGUUACGUGGGCGAGCUGCUGGUGUGCGAGGUGCAGGUGCACGGCGGCAGCCUGCUGGGCAAGAAGUACAACUGGAGCUGUGAUGACCUGAUGGGUGGCGGCGGCCUGCACUCGGUGGGCACCUACAUCAUCGACCUGCUCACCUUCCUCACCGGCCAGAAGGCCGUCAAGGUGCACGGGCUGCUCAAGACCUUCGUCAAGCAGACGGACCACAUCAAGGGCAUCCGCCAGAUCACCAGCGACGACUUCUGCACCUUCCAGAUGGUGCUGGAGGCCGGGGUGUGCUGCACCGUCACUCUCAACUUCAACGUGCCCGGCGAGUUCAAGCAGGAUGUGACCGUGGUAGGCUCGGCCGGGCGCCUGCUGGCCGUGGGCACCGACCUGUUUGGGCAGCGCAACAGCGCCCCGGAGCAGGAGCUGCUGCUGCAGGACGCCACGCCCGUGAGCAACUCCCUGCUGCCCGAGAAGGCCUUCAGCGACAUCCCCUCGCCCUACCUGCGCGGCACCAUCAAGAUGAUGCAGGCCGUGCGCCAGGCCUUCCAGGACCAGGACGACCGGCGCACGUGGGACGGGCGGCCCCUCACCAUGGCCGCCACCUUUGACGACUGCCUGUACGCCCUGUGCGUGGUGGACACCAUCAAGAGGUCCAGCCAGACGGGCGAGUGGCAGAACAUCGCCGUCAUGACUGAAGAGCCCGAGCUGAGCCCCGCCUACCUGAUCAGCGAGGCCAUGCGACGGAGCAGGAUGUCCCUCUACUGUUAGCACGGACUGGGGACCUGGAGCACUUGGCACUUACUUGUGCAUGGGGUCCGGAGAGGAGGAAGGGCCUAAGGGAUAGGGGGGCCACGGGGACCAUGGGGGCGGGGGAGGUGGAGAGCAGUGUGAGUACAUGGCAUUUGGGAAGGUGAACCCUGGCCCAGUGAGGGACCCCAAAGCAGACUGUUGUUGGGCUGGGCCCCUAUCCUGGCAGUAUUCAGGAGGGCCUGCUGGGUAUUUGCAUGGGAGAAAGGAGGUUUAGCUGCCUCUGCUGCCCUUAUUGUGAGGAGCAUGGAGGGGUUCCUUCCCUCUCGAUCUCAUCCACCCCAGCACCUGGCCUUCUUUGCAAGCCAAAUGGUCCUGCAAGGUCAAGGCACUGUAUCAGAUGGCAAGCUCAGUGGCAGGGGAAGGCACGUCUUUAUGUGUCUACAAAAGCCCAUUAGCCUGGGGAGAGGUGGGAUAGGGGUGGAGCCUGUGGGAUGGGUGGGGGUGGGCUGGUGAGGAAGUUCAAAUUCCAGAAAGCCACUUUUUAUUCUGCUUAAAGUGUCUGGGGGGAAAAGUACUUAGUAGCAAAGUGCACAGCUCUGUUGAUAGGUUGGUUUUUCUAAUUGGUUCAUCACCCUUCACCUGGUGGGCUAAGGGAGGGUCGGGAAUAGCCAACAGAGCAGGGUUCCCUUAAGCCACAAGGAGAGAGCACAUUCUGCAUGGAAAAAGGUGAGGCAGAGCAGAAAAUAUCCCUUUGAACUUGUCAACAAUUAAAAAACUGCAAGCAGCCACCUUGUAACUAUUUCCAGUAAGGGUGGAAUUGAGUGUAAGAGGGAUUUGUUAGUGAAGUGUUGAGGUGGUCCUGCCAUGUGGCUCUCUGCGCAGUGACAGAAAGCAGCAGGCAGUGUAGGUCUGACCACAAACUCACAUGCUGCCCUCAAGGACUGGGGCAGCUGGGGGCCUCCGUGUCGCAGUGUGAAUUCCCAAACGGAAGGUAAAGUGAGCCUAGCUCUGGAGCUGUUUUGAGCUCUCACACCCAUCUCUCCUACCAAGCCGGGAAAGAGCUUUUUAGCAGAUUCACCCAGCUUUGUGGAUUUAAAAGAAAAAGCUUCAGUCCUACUCAGAUAAAAUCCUCUUUCCUUAAAAAAGAGUCAUGGCUCUUUUCCUUAGCUUUGACUUUUGCUUUCAGGAUUCUGACACCUGAAAAGAAACUGAAUAGGCAUUAAACGAAACAAAACAAAAGGAACAUUAUUUUCAGUGAUUCUAAAAUGGGGGUUUAGAGCCCUCUGAGAGGAUACUUGGUGUUGAGAUGGCUACUGUUGGAAAAAGCAUAUAUUUUUUUUUCUUGGUUUCCUGUCUCUCUUGUCUUCUCACCUUCUACUUUCAGUACAGACUGUGAACUGCAGGCUCGGAGCUGGCAGUGCCAAAAGGGAAUGGCGAGAGCCAGUUUCUCUCUCUCUCUCUCUCUUAUGCACACAUGCACACACGCUAACACGCACACACGCACACAUGCACACACGCACACACACACGCUUUUGUAAAUGCUUGCUAUCACCAAAUGUCACUAAAUUAUUUCUUAAAUAUUCAGAUCUGGUCUUGAAAGACCAAGCCAAGUACAAUUGGAAAACUUGGAAUUAUCCUUUUAUCUCUUCUAAAUCGAUCACCCCACAUAAGACCUUUGUCAAGGAUGGAUGUGGAGACUGUUCCUUGUAAGUCUGCAGAGCUUCUGUUCUCAGGCUCACAGAAGUCUAACAGGUGUCUUUGGUCUGCAACCGAGGUUUAGGCUUCUUUUCAGAUAACCAGCAGUAGAACUAGAAGGAAAUUUAAGGGGCCUAGAGUCCACCCCCCAGCCUAUGAAUAGGCAACAUCAGAAAAGAAACAGUCCAAUCAGUUGUGUUUCCCUUCUCCUCCCUAGGCCACCCGUAGGUGCAGCUGUGGCUGUGACAAACCCCAGGGCAUACUGGCCGUUUUCUAGUACAGAGUAGCAAGUGUGGCCUGCCUGUAAAGUAUCACCUCCCUUGCCAGAGCCUUCCUGAUACCUGGCCCGGUCAGUCAGCCGAAACUCUCCGUGGUUCGUCAUGGUCCCCGAUCUGUCCACAGACUUCGGGGUCAGCUUACCAGCUUUCACAGCUCUCAGCUCAAAACUGGAGAUUUGCUGGAAUGGAAGCCUCCUGGUAAUAGUUUGAGCAGAGGGCCAUGUUGGGGACUGUUUGGUUCCCGUCCUCCUCAUUUGCCCUCUGGAAAAGUAGUUUUUGUGGAAACUGAGCAGAAAGAUUUUUUUUCCUAGCUAGCUGAAAAGGCUGUGAUUAAGAAUAAAGGGGAAAAAAGCUAGAUGACUCUAUGGGUCUCUUUUCUAAGUCACUUAUAAUCGAAAUAGGAAUAUUCCUGGGGUUUCAAUUUUAUUUUUCUGUACUUAACCAUCAUACUUGGGAGACCUUUUCUCCCCAAAGGCCUCUGAGCUCUGUGAUAAAUAUUGAGUGUCUAAUACGAAAAUCCUCAUUUGAGGCUGGGGUCUAUAGAAAGAAUAUAUAUUCUUUAAAAGAAGCAUGAAAAAAUACUUGAAUAAAUACACUCAAAUUUCAUGUUCUGAAGUGCAUGUAGUAGGUAGAUGAAGGAAAGAGAGGAAGAAAAGCCCUAGGUAGUUCAUUUUUUUAAUAUAAAAAUCCCAGCAAAUAUGUUUGAGAUACUUUGUGCUCCAUUUGCCCUUAUCCUACAUGUGUAAAGACUUGAUUGGGAGCAGCGAAAUGAAGCUGAAAUCUCAAGCUUUCAACAACAUUCUGCAGAGGGACUUUGUUUCAGCCCAGCACCUCUAAGUGCACCCUCUGGGGUCUGGGUACCAUCUGCUUAUAGUGAACUAGGACUAAGACCCAGCAAUCACCCAGCCCCUUUCUGCUUUGUUGAAUGUGUUUCUAGGGCCUGCUGUACUGGAGGCAGCACUUUAGAGUCUUCACAUUUAGUCCCCCGUUGCCUGUUUUGUUCCCAUCAUUGUGUGGACACUGUUAGUUGCCUCUGCAAAUGUCUUAAAUUCCAGGUUCUGAGCUAGGGCGUAGGUCAGGCUUCUCACCUGGUAUCCACAAGUGUUUGGGAGUGCCCUGGGCUUAUUUGGAAAGUUUGGAGUCUGUGAGUCGUGUUCUAGAGAGAGUGUAACCACUAUCAGCUUUUCUAAGACUUCUUGCUUCAGUGUGAGAAUUGAAUCAUGGGGUACCUCAGAUACACCUUAUCCUACCUGGCAGCAGACACCACUGUGCCAGGUGUAACUGGACUCCCUAGGGGCAGUCUUGGCCAACUCUAAGACUGGUCGACUUCAAGAUGUAUCUGCUGCAUGCAGAGUAUUUUAAGUACACUAUCUCAUUUAAUCCAUAAAAACAACCUUAUAGUAUUGGGGAUCAUUACUCCCUUUUUACACAUGGGCAAAUGGAGGCUCUGAGAGGAAGAGUAACUAGCCCAAAGUCACACAACUAUUAAGAAGAAGCAGAGUCACCAAAUCCAAAAUCUUCCCCCUCAUCCACACUACUCUGCCAUCCAAGAAGAAAGAUCCAAGCCCCUGUGACAGCAGUUGUGACCUGCAGCUCCACUCACCUGCUGUACACACCCUCCUGUUGCGUAGGAUGUGACAUUUGGUGUUCUGCCAGAAUGUUAGUUACAGAGCUGCAAAUAGAAGUAGUCGAUUUUUCUUCCCCUUCCAAAAUGGAAAUAUCACCCAGCGGCUUUUCAUGCUGACUUCCCAAGUUGAUUUUGAUUGUAGAUGAUGCAGCAAAGCUCAGAGUUGGGGAUUUUCAAAACAUGUUAGCUGACUGUUAUUGACAGCCUUGGAUUUUGCUCUUUGUGGGUCUGAGUAUAACAUAGGAAAGUGUCUUUUCUCAGGGAGUGGGGAUUCUAAAGUUCAUUUGUUUGUGACUCAGAUGUUAGCUGUGCAUCCAUACCUUCACUCUCUCUUACUCUCUUCAUCUUUUCUUGUAGCUGCAGCUAUUGAAUUUGACUUGUGAUCCUAAACUGAGUUUCUGAUCUGAUCUCUUUUAUUAUGGUGGUUAUGGGGGGAUAAUCAGCUUUGCUAAUGAUACUCUGGGGAUAAAGUAAAUCUAGUUGCAUCUGAAGGGACUUCCAAGUCCAAUAGAUUCAGUCCCUUCAUUUUACACCCCAGAGAGGGUAAGUGAUGGCUAAGGUCACCCACUUCUUUAGUGGUAGAGCCAGGAUGAGAAGCCCAGUUUUCUGACCCUACGUCUCACCCUGCCUCACACAGCACCUUCAGAGCUCUCAGGUGAGAGAAGAGGCUCAGAGAGGUGAGAUGACUUGUCUGAGGUCCUGAGGCUAGUGGUGGAGAAGUUGGAAUUAGAACUCAGACCUGCAUUGGACUGUAUGCCCUGAGCAGUUGCAGGUAAAUCAGUUUUGUUUUUGUAAUAAACUCAGUCUUGAAUGUACUCAGAAAACUAGCUGUUUAAAAUUUUCCACUGUGACUGUAACGUAAAUAAUGAUCUCUAAUCUGUAUUUUAUUUGGCAGGGACGGGGGACAUAAAUUCAGACGUUCACCUUUGGGAUUUCCCAAGGCUGUUCUACUUACACUGCCCCCACCCCACCCCACUCCUAGAUACAAAUCUAGGCCCUGACUAGGUUAGGACUCCCGCUCCAUCUACUGCCUACUUUCUUUGGCAUUUAAAGCCCUGGAGUUUACAGAGCAGAGGCCAUGACAUUGGGGAGCGUGUUAAAAAAAAUCUAUCGGAACCCCACAUUUCAGUUCCCUUUUGAGGAGAGAGAGGAUGUCGGUGACAGAAACUGUUCAUCUGCAGCAUGAUUUCAGUCUAUGCCAGCAGCGGGCACGUCUGCCCCGCCUGCCCUACCCUAGGCACAGGAGCCUGCAGAUGGGGUGUGCUCCGAGUUUCAGGGGACAGCCCAGUCCCACUGGGGCUUCCAGGACUUCUCACAAGAGGAGUUAAGACCUCCUGAGCUUCUUGAAGUGGUGAUGGGUUCAGUGGUCCCACUGGACGCCGGAGGUGAAGCCAGUCCCGUAUCUGAGAGAUCACAUCAGGAGUGGAAGGCAGUGGCCUCCUGUCCUUUUUCUCCCGUACGCAGUGGUCUCUUUGCUAGGGCCCUCAAGAGGGCCACCGAAGCGUCUGGAUCUCAUUCAGGCUCCUAAAGUGUUGCGCUACUGAAUACCCUCGAAUCUGUUGCACUCUUGUCUGUUUACACCAGCAGCGAGUAGAGUAAUAUAAAGACCACGUGGUAUGCAAUGGCUUGAUACUUAGUGUGGCAAUCAAAAGCUUGCCUGGGCAGGUGGAGGCAGGGACUACAAAAUACCUGUGCAGUCACGAUGUCACCGUCUCUCCUUCCCCAUCCAGGUCUCUGCCGGCUUCUACAGCCACCACAAGGGCUAAGUGGUUGAAUGAGUCCCCGUUGGUGUCUCCUUAUAAACACGAGGACUUAUUUGUGAUUCUGAGUCUAAUCCCAGGUUAAGAAACAAAAGCUCAUGACCCAACCCAUUCCUUUCCUUCCCUCCUUCUCUUUCAGGCAUCCAAAUGGAUUUAGUAUUCUGCCCUGUGCCUUGCCCAGGGGAGGGAGAAGUUUCUAGUAAUUACGGCUUCCUGUUUGCUGUCUGGUGCUUUACAGUACUUCAUUUGUGUGUGUGUGUGUGUGUGUGUGUGUGUGUGGUUUUUUUUUUUUUUAAACCAAAACCACAUUUGUUUGGUUGUCAUUGUUGAGUAUAUAUUUAUUCUGUCUGACAAACAUGAGUAUAUAUAUGUAUAAAACCAGACUUACAUAUGUCAAGGCAUGUAUACUAGAUAUUUUAAAGAGUUAUUUAUCAAGGGAAAAAGAUGUGUGCUAUAAAGUAAACAGAGUCUAUAUUUUAUAUAUAAUGUAGAUAGCAAAAAAUAGCUUAUAAAUUAUAGGAGGUUUUGGUUUUCUUUUUUAUUAUUAAAGCAAAAGCAAAAACAAAAACAGGACAAUAAAUACAACUGUUCUUAGUGUUUCAAAGGCCAAACUACUGUGGGAGUUGGGAGGUGGCCUUCCCUGCCGGGCUCUGCAGCACUUCUGUGUCUGCUGUUCCAGGCUCCAGAGCCCAUGCCCAUAUCAUCUCUGUGCGGUCAGCAUCACUCAGCCAGCUCACGUGGGCCGCUCCAAACGCGGCUUCCAGCUGUCCUCCACAGUCUGCACUGGUGGGAUAAAAGAAUGAAAGUGGCAAAUAAAGAUUUAAAAGAAGAUAUGAGUCCAGCUCUUUUCUUGUUUUCUAGACCCGGGUGUUCAUGAUCUAGACCCCAGACCAGUUUGUCUGAUUUGAAGCAUGAGUAGGUGCAGCCAAGGUAGAGG